UUUAAUGAAAAUAUGGCAAACGUGAAAGCUACGAAAACGACGCGGUCCAUUAGAUCAAUCAGAUCUAACAGGUCGGGGUUAGAGAAAGCAUUUCGGGAAGAAACAAAGGGAGAUGGUGAUGUACAUAGCUUUGAUAAUAUGUUAAUUAUGGCGUGUGCGAGGUUUCAAUGUCCUUUCACAGUCACUGUGACGAAGGAAACUAAACAAGAUUACAUUAAGAUUUUAAGACAAGCAAACCCAAAUCUUAAACCCAGAAGAAUAAGUGUAAUGCCUCAAAUUAGAGUACCUCCAGAACUUGAUGUUAAAAGUUCUACUCGAACUGGUUUAUUGGCUUCAACAGAUUCCGUUUCUUCUGAACGCGUCAACGCUAUUAACGUGACCAUGGUGUAUGACAAUUAUAACACUUUAAUGGAAAUUCUCAUAACAAAAGUGAUGGAUGUACCACGAGCGUUGCUGAGAAUAAUUAGUUUAUUGUUACCCUAUUACAGAAAUUUAACACGAAUAACUAUAUGCAAAUGCGGUAUUAAUAUGUACUCGAUAUAUGAGUUGAGCAAAGUACUUUGUGCCUCUACUAUAACUGAGGUGUGUCUUGACGGUUCACCAGUAUUAGGAGCCGACUACACAAUGCUACUGGAAACCACGAAGCUUAGGUAUCUCAGUUUGUCCAAAUGCAAUAUACAGGACGAUACAUGCAAAUUGAUUGCUGUAAAGUUGCAAAACAUGUGUUGCGCUCAGAAUUUGUUACUUCUAAAUCUAUCUACAAACCGCAUAACGGAUGAAGGAGCGAAACAUAUAAGUAACGCUCUGAGAACUAAUAGACAUUUGCGGUAUUUAGAUCUUUCCGAUAACCACAUCACUGACUGCGGUGCCGGUCAAAUUUUAGACGUGUUAAUAGAAUUCCCUUUGACCUAUGACGAAAUGAUGGGCAUGCGGCGCAGGCGAUUCGAAUACUUAAAGCGUAGAAAUGAGUUGCAUGAAAAAUACUUAGCUCACAUCCAUAAUAGGCCAUUUGACGAACUUAGCCAGUUCAGUCGAAAAUCUGGACAGCAAAAAAGAAAGAAAACAUCUUUAACUACUCUUAGAAGUAAAGGUAGUGCUAGAAGAGAUAAGGAGCUGACCAGCUCCACUGAUGAUGAGCAUAUAAAAACAAAAGCAGAAAUGCUGACUGCAGAAGUUUUAGGUCCUUUUGAAGAUCCUUUUCAUCCAAAAACAAUUAAGCGUAUAGAGGGAUAUGUUUACAGUGUCGGAAAUAUGACCCUGGCAUAUUUAAAUUUGGCUUACAAUAAUUUAUCGUAUAUGUGCAUUAAAAAACUGCUGAGUGUUAUAAAACAUCAAAAUAAUUAUAAAAAUAAAGGUCUGGUAAAAGUUGUGCUCGAUGGCAACAACUUGCCUAUUUCAUGUCCAGAAUUAGCUCAAAUUGAAGAAUUAAUGUCAAUAAAUAGAGGUAAGAUUUCGAGAAUUUGGUAA